CGAUGUAGCAGGGGGUAAUGGAGAGAGACGCUGGUUUCUGACUAAUUUGACACCAAUCUUGACGGGAUUUCAACGUUAGCCGAGAUAGCUUAGCCAAGCUAUCAAACGUCUGUCUUACCCACAUAACAGGUGCCACGAUUUCUCAUGACAAACUUGUGGAGACUUCCUUGUCACUAAAUUGUACAAUAAAGACUUUAAAAUGACAUGUCAGUGUAACAUGGCGUCCCCCCCUUUAUUCAACAUGGACGACGGGGUGGAAUGUGUUUCUUGUCGUAAAAUGGCGUCACGCUGAAACGUUUUGACAGUCAGCUGGAAAGCGAACGGCAGCGCGGUCGAACCAUCUAUCUCGGGCUAUCAUCUAGGGCUCAAAGAGCAAGCAUUCGUGGCAUACAAAUCCGAGCCAUCUGAAAGGGAGAUCGGUUGAAAUCACUCGUGUUAGUCUGGUUGGGGGGCGUGGGUAGUGGAGUAGCUCCGGUUUUAGGGGGGCUGGUACGACCCCUGUUCUCCGCGAAUGUUCCUCACAAAAUGGCCAACGAGAGGAAAUGAAAGCAGCCGGUCUUCUCUCGCUGCGACACGAAACCCGGAUUACCUCCCUCAUCAUCAUCAUCAUCUUCGUCCUCCCAUUCUCGCCCCUCGCACACAAGUCUGGAUCUCUCGUUGUGCCCUACGAGACACUUAACAAGCGAUUCCGUGCAGCCCAGAAAAAUAUAGACAGGGAGACGAGUCACGUGACCAUGGUGGUGGCUGAGCUGGAGAAGACGCUCAGCAGCUUCCCGGUGGUGGACUCUGUGGUGUCCCUGCUGGACGGCGUCGUGGAGAAGCUCAGCGCACUGAAACGAAAGGCAGCUGAGUCCAUCCAGGCAGAGGAUGAGAGCGCCAAACUGUGCAAGCGGCGCAUCGAGCAUCUGAAGGAACACAGCAGCGACCAGCCGGCCUCGGUGAAUCUGUGGAAGAAGAAACGCAUGGACCGCAUGAUGGUGGAGCACCUGUUGCGCUGUGGAUACUACAACACAGCCGUCAAGCUAGCGAGACAGAGCGGCAUCGAGGAUUUGGUCAACAUCGAGAUGUUCCUCACAGCAAAGGAGGUGGAGGAGUCCCUGGAAAGGCAGGAGACGGCGACCUGCCUAGCUUGGUGCCAUGACAACAAGUCUCGCCUUCGCAAGAUGAAGAGUUGUCUGGAGUUCAGUCUGAGAAUCCAGGAGUUCAUCGAGCUCAUCCGACAGAACAAACGAAUGGAUGCCGUCAGACAUGCAAGGAAACACUUCAGCCAAGCCGAGGGGGGGCAGUUGGACGAAGUACGGCAGGUGAUGGGUAUGCUGGCCUUCCCCUCAGACACACACAUCUCCCCGUACAAGGAUCUGUUAGAUCCGGCCCGCUGGAAGAUGCUGAUUCAGCAGUUCCGGUACGACAACUAUCGACUGCAUCAGCUGGGCAACAACUCCGUCUUCACCAUUACCCUACAGGCCGGGCUGUCGGCCAUCAAAACGCCUCAGUGUUACAAGGAGGAUGGCACCUCCAAGAACCCUGACUGCCCCGUGUGCAGCAAGUCCUUAAACAAGUUGGCUCAGCCUCUGCCCAUGGCCCACUGCGCCAAUUCCAGGCUCGUGUGCAAGAUCUCCGGCGAGGUCAUGAACGAGAACAACCCCCCCAUGAUGCUUCCCAACGGAUACGUGUAUGGAUACAAUUCCUUGCUCUCCAUCCGCCAAGACGACAAAGUAGUUUGCCCCAGAACCAAAGAAGUCUUCACCUUCUCUCAGGCUGAGAAGGUCUACAUCAUGUGAUCAGGCGCUGUAACCCAACAAAAAUGCCACAAGAUUUAACACCCCCCCCCCCCCCCACACACACACACAAACUACAUAUGCACAUCCCAUCCGUGUCCCAAACCACCUCCUUCCAAUCAUUUGGCCACUGGCUCUCACAGAUACCAGGAUGCUUCCUUCAAGACUGGUGUCCAGAGAUUAGCUUGGCAAAUAUGCCUGCCAGGUAGCAAGUACCUGUAUGUGUUUUCUUGCUGGAGGCUGGAUGAUGUUACAUGCCUACAUUGUUGCCUCUGACAUUGCCUCCACCUCCCUACAUGGCUUUAAAAGGCCACAUCAGGGCUGCAUUAGAGAUGUAAAUAGUAGAUAGGCUUUGUUCACAGCUCCUCCAUCAUUGUGUAGGGGGUGGGGUGGGGGGGGGGGGGAUGCGACUGAACAAGUAUUUUGCUCCUCUGGUUUAACUCCUCUCCUGCUUUCACUAAAACGACCGUUUAUUUUUUACGAUCACACACUAACUCAUGAGUGUCUCUGGCGAUAAGACUGAUCUUCCUUUUUUGUUUCUUUGGCCUUAUGUAAGGUUUCUCACAUUCAUUUUCACCAUCCGGCUUAACUUGUUUCACUCGCGAUGGGAGUCCUAUGAUAGUGGGACAAAAUUAAAUGAGGUACAUAAUGUUGCUUGACAAUUCAACCACUGUGUUACAAAAAGCAAAUAAAUUGACAAAUCUUUGGAAAUUAUGAAACGAGGGGCCAGUGAGGUGUUUUGAUACAUGUCUAUAUGGGCACUGUUAUUUUCCCAUACUAGAAGGUGGGUAGAUAAUUGUAAAGACACUUGGUAUUGGGGACAGGAGCUUGCCAUUGGGGGCAAACAGGCUCAUUCUUUCACACCGCUCCCAUGGGACCUGGUUUUGUGCACUCGGAAGCAAACAAGUGGCCCAACAUAUCUUGAACAAUAGGACUCUUGGUCUAACUUCUGACUGAUUUAAUUGUUUGUGUUCCAAUACUUUAUAUGUGUUAUUUUGGAAUGAAAAAAGGAUUGGGAUGUGACACAUUUCGAUUGAUAAUGAUAAACACUAAGCACAAAAUUCAGCAUGAAAUUUAAAAAGUUUUCAAAUCCCCACCACAUAGAAGUAAACCAGACUUUUAAUUUCAAGUUUUCUGACUGAAGGACUGUGACAAACCAGGAGUUGCUGCUUUGUGGACUGUUGUCUUGUGUCUUUCUGUUCUUAGACGUAGGUGAAGAUGAUUGUUUCGUCAUAAAUAUGCCUCAUAAAGAUUUUACCAGUCUUUCUUUUCAA